GUCGACCGCCAUUUUGUGAAAAAACAUUACAUUACACGCGCUUACGGUGGCGGUUACGCAUUGGAGAUUUUAGGUGAUUUAUAUCUUUUUCUGGAAUAUAGUGAUAGAAGCAGUGUUUUGUUAGUUCACAGGUAAAAUUUGAGCAAUGGACAAUCAAAGAGAGAAGGAAAGGGACCGCUCUAGACGCGGUGAUAGGCCUUCUAGAUUUUCUGAUGCCACUCGAGAUCGUUCUAAUGAACGUUCUGAUCGGUCAGAUGGUAAACGUCUGUUUGUAUCCAAUAUACCGUAUGAGUUUCGCUGGACAGAAUUGAAAGAUCUGUUCAAGGAAAAGGUGGGAGAUGUGGCAUAUGUGGAGCUAUUUAAUGAUGAAAAUGGAAAACCCAGGGGAUGUGGUGUUGUGGAAUUCACCAAUUCUGAAGCUAUGAAGAAAGCACUGUUUGUCAUGCACAGAUAUGAACUUAAUGGACGAAAACUUGUGCUAAAAGAGGAAACUGGAAAUGAAAGGAAUAGAUUGACCACUUCAAGGUCAGGAGGUGGUGGUGGUGGUGGUGGGGGCUCCAGAAAUACUAAAGAUGAUAGAGAUGGCUGGGGAGUAAACAAGCCAAGGGAACCAGAAAACUUCAACACAUAUGGGCUUAGUCUUCAGUUCUUAGAAUCCAUCAAUGUUCAGCCACCAUUGGUAAAGAAAGUCUUUGUUGCAAAUCUGGACUACAAAGCAGACCGUAACAAGAUUAAAGAAGUUUUCAAAAUGGCGGGCAAAGUGCGUAAUAUCGACCUGGCGGUAGAUAAAGAUGGUAACAGUCGCGGGUUCGCCGUCAUAGAAUAUGACCAUCCAGUUGAAGCUGUUCAGGCAAUUUCAAUGUUUGACAAACAGACUUUGUAUGAGAGAAGGAUGACAGUAAGAAUGGACAGAGGUACAGAUAAAGCUGAAUUAAGGAUGCCUGAUGGCCUUAAAGGGAUUGGUUUGGGUUUGGGACCUAAUGGGGAGCCAUUAAGGGAUGUGGCGAGGAAUUUGCCACAGCCUCAAACACAGAAUAAUCUGAACCUCACAAGUACAGGCUCGACCCUUGGCACUAGUGUUCUUGGUGCUGUGCCUGCUGCUGGUGUUACCCUGAACGGCCUUGGCACUGGAUUAUCAGCAAAUACUCUUAAUACAAACACUGCGCUAGGUGGAGGCUUGGGAUUGCAGGCUUUAGGAUUAACAGGAUUAGGAGCGCUACAAAACCAAUUACUCCAACAAGGUUUGACUGCAAGUGACCUGGCGACGAUGCUCACGGCCCAGGCUCAGGUAGCCAAUGUAAACAACGCAGCCACUUUGAGUCUUGCCAACGCGGACCUCACUUCUAAUGUUCUCGGCAACUCUGGACUGUCAAAUAAUGUUUUGGGUGGCAAUUCUUCCAUGAGCAGUGGACCACUUUCAGCGAGCAGACAAAUGGGCGGUAUGUCGUCGGUAUCGAACCAGGGUUACAGCCGUGAGUCAUCAGUACAGCAUCAACAGUCGAACAGAGAUAAGCCCUCCGACAUCGUCGUUAUCACCAAUCUUCCGCCUACAGUAACAUGGCAGUUGAUCCGCGAGAAGUUCAGCGAGUGUGGCGACGUGAAGUUCGCGGAGAUGACCGCGCCAGACACGGCUAUCGUGCGCUUCCAUAAGGAAUGGGACGCGGAAAGAGCUAUCAAAAUGUUUGACAGGACCCGCAUUGAUGGCAGGACUAUCGAUGUUCGUUUCUUCUAAGUUGACGGGAAUGUGGUAUUGAAGUCGGUCUUUUCUGGGGUUUGUAUGACGCUCUGCUGCCUGGAUAGAAAACUGAUUCCUUCUUCGUUUUAAUUUGUGGCUUGAUUAAUGUUCUGAAUAUUUCCUUCCGGUUACAUUGAUCUAUCGACAUUAUAAAUUGUAUUUUAGCUUAAUUUAGCGUAAGUGUCUCUGUUUGCUGUACUUCUGAUGAUAAAGCUUCAAUAAAUCUGAUUAAAGUGGUAAUACAAA